AUGAAGGAGAGUGGACUUUUAUGAGAGCUACAGCUCACUGACAUCAAGGAGAGUUAGAUUUAUUUGAGCAGUGACCUCACUUGACUUCUGAAAAAAGAAUAACUAUUGAUGUGCAAUGUGUUUCAGUAAAUAAAUGGUGGGCGCAUCCAAGGCCGGUAAGACAAUGAAAGGCCAAGCGUAUAGUUAACUAGCAUUUGUUAAGUACCUAGGGGAGGGGUUUCAGAGAUUUUGGUAGUUCUCAAUCCUGGCUCCCUGUUACAAUCACCUGGGGAGCUUCUAAAAAUGAUCAGUGCCGCUUUUUCACUCCGAGAAGGCGGCGGAGGCUGACUCUACAGUCAUGGCCAAGAUUAAGGCUCGAGACCUUCGCAGCAAGAAGAAGGAGGAGCUGCUGAAACAGCUGGAGGACCUGAAAGCGGAGCUGUCCCAGCUACGCGUGGCUAAAGUGACAGGCGACGCGGCUUCCAGACUCUCCAAGAUCCGAGCUGUUCGCCAAUCCAUCGCCCGUAGACUCACCAUCAUUAACCAGACUCAGAAAGAGAACCUCAGGAAAUUCUAUAAGGGCGAGAAGUACAAGCCCCAGGAUCUGCGGCCCAAGAAAACGCGUGCCAUGCGCCGCCGGCUCAAUAAACACGAAGAGAACCUGAAGCCCAAGAAGCAGCAGUGGAAGAAGCGGCCGCGCCCACUCCGGAAGCACGCGGUCAAGGCCUGA